AUGGCCCCUUCAAACGCCUCAGCAGGUGUUUCAAAAAAUUCCGACAGCAAAUCGAAAGAGAGCAUGAGAAAACUGCAGAACUUAGCAAAUGGAGACAUCUCAGACGCAAAAGCUCAGUUGGCCAACACACAAGUAUCGAUUGUGGGCGAAGAGAAUGAUCGCGUUGCCGACCAAGAGCAACCGAUCCAAACGCAAUCUAAGCCUGAGUUUCCACAGGAAACCACAAACCAUUUAGCGGCCGCUGGGCUAGAAGACACAGACAUGGGUGAAGCUUCACAGUCAGAAGAUUCCGCGUCGUCAAGCGCUUUACGGUCUGGUGCCUCUAGCUCCAACACUUCUGAUUCGGACGACGAACCGGAGCUUCUUGCGGACUUCCAAUCGCUCAGCCUUGAAGGCGGUGGGCUUGGAGUAGUUGAUGGCUUUGGCGGCAAGAGAAGAGGUCGCUUCUUCAUCCUUCGGGAUGGGCCACGUGGUGCCCCAAAGUAUCAAUUUAAGCGAACGAAUGCGUGCAGUACGGAGGGGUUCAUGAACCUCUCAGAUUACCGUAUAACACUGCUGAAAUACGAUAACGGAAGGGGAGAAAAGGAGUGGCUGUAUACAAAAGAAAAUGUUGAGGGGAUUACCGGAAUUGCGAUUGAAGAGAGAGAGGACACGUUACGCGAAUACAAGUGUCAGCCUCAAGCGUGGGUCAAAAUCCGAUGGAGGAACAUCCAGGAUGAACAUAAAAGUUUACUCGUCAAGCUGCAACGUGAUGAUAUUAAAAAGCGACAUUCUUCAUGGAUUCCCAAGUCGGACCUCGUCAGACUUGUAGGUCGCAAGGCAGCAGAGAUCAAAACCAGCGAAGCCUGGGACAAACAAGAGGCGCGACAUCUGAACUACCUGAAGGGUACGGGUCGGGGCCUUGACCGUUCACCCACUCCAUGUCCGCUGGAUGUCUUUGCCGCGCAAAAGAAGCAAAGAGAAGGGUCUCGUGCCCCUUCGGUCACCCCACUGCCAUUAUCGCGUUUUGAUCGCACCAUGUCAGCCAAUGCGGCUUCAGCACCCCUAGGAUCCAGCAUCAUUAAAACAGAGCCCCUUCAGCCUGCCAUCAAAGAAGAGCCAGAAGACAACGACCCCGAUCUUUUUGUGCAACAGAAUGUAUCCGACAGAUCCUCUGACCAGCCGGAUGUGGUAAAUCUUGAAACAGACCAGCCUGGACAAAAGAAGCGAAAGCCUGCGAAGUUUAGUCUAGGUUCCUAUAUGAAAAUGAUGGGGAAAACAGAAAAAUGGAAUCGCAUGAGUAAGGAAGACGCGGCGAGGAAGCGCGCUGAGGCCCUGGCAAAUUACGAUCAUUACCGCGACACGAGGAUUGAUCUAGGCGACGAAGAAGAGGAAGAGGAUGAGGACGACUGA